AUGUCAGUCGGUUCAGUCCGUAAGUGCCUUUGCUAGUGAAAUGUUGUAUAAUAAAUAAUGUGUACAUUGAAAUAAACUUCAAACUUUAAUCUGAAGCAGAAAAAUAUUGAUUAAGCAAUUUCGUCCGGUUUGAAAUAAAUUUGAGAACUUUCGAUGCAAGUUAGUGUUAUAAGAAAAACGUCAAUAUUUCGCAAAAACAAAAUGAAUUUCUUGCAUCAAAUUUAUGCAAGAAUUUUCGGCGAUGGGGGCGGGAGUCGAGAUUACAGCAUAGCAAGACAUGAUAUCUCCAGCACGCCGACCAAGAUUAUAACCUUCGGUAACGUUCUACUCGAUCAUACCGCCCAUUUGAAAAGUCAGGAAAUUUUGAAACGUCAUAAGCUAUCACUGAAUGCCAGAGCUGAAUUAGAUGUCGAGACAUUGAAUAAAGUAACCACUGAAGCUAUUGGCGAGAGCCAAGAAGAGCCGCAUUUGGGUGGUUCGUCAUUGAAUACGACCAGAAUUUUAAAGACACUUGGUACAGAUCCGAUGUUUUUCGGAGCGGUUGGUGACGACAAGCAGGCACAUCUUAUUGAGGAACUUCUCCAUAAAGCUGACUUAAAUUCAUGUAAUUACAGAUUGCAGAUCAUACCUGAUACACCGACCGGUCGUUGCAUUUGUUUAGUUUAUAACACUUCAUUAGCUUUAUAUGCUAAUAUUGGAGCAUCAGCGAAAUUUUCAACAGAUUUCCUUAAGAAAUUCGAGCGCGAUGAUCUUAGCUCGCCGUUUCUGCGUGCUCCUGAGAGAAAACAAAUCAUUUAUAUCGAGGGAUUUUUCGUACCAGAACGUGAAGAUGUUGCUACGUUCAUUGUCCGCAAUUAUAUAAAGGGACGCCGCUAUUUGGCAUUGAAUCUCAGCGCUAAUUACAUAGUGAAAUUAAAUUAUCAUCAUAUGUUGUAUUUAGCUAACCACGCCCUAUUCAUUUUCGGUAAUAAGGAUGAAUUUGAAACGUUUCGCGAAUGUUGGGGUGCGAGCAAUGUAGAGGAAUUAGCUAAAGGUUUGGUGCAAGACGGUGCAACCGCUAAAGUAUUGGUGAUUACGAAAGGCUCCGAAGGUGUUCAAAUGAUAACAAAUUUUGUAGACGAGCAAUCGCCCCCGGGCGAAUUGACUUAUCAAACUUUCGCCGCUACUCGUGUUGAGAAUGUGGUCGACACCACGGGUUGCGGCGAUGCCUUUGUUGCAGCCUUCCUACACUACUGGCUCGAUAAACGAUCCUUAACCGAAUGUGUGCGCUUUGCUAACGAUAUCGCCGCCAAGGUGGCCGGUCAAAUUGGUUGUAAUUUACCUUAGAAUAUCAAAUUAUUGGUAAACUAUUUUUGUAUAUUAAACUUUUUUUUUUUUUUGGAUUUGAUAUACUUUUAUAUGGAUCGAGAGCAUCUUUUUGCAUUUUCUUUCUUAAUUUUAUUUUCAAAUAUUUAUUUUAUUAUUAACGUGUAAUACCUAAACGAUUCUCCUUUUAUCUGGAAAUUCCUACUAAGAUUGUCUCACUUUGUGAUAGAAGUCAGCUUUACGACCUGCAUUUGUAUUCGCUUUGUUUUUCUUUUUUUUU